CACAAAGAGACACAACUGAGCAACUUCACUUUGACUUUUUUCCAGUUAGUUACUGUACUCAACCUCCUAUGACUGGAUGCUUAAUUGUGCGAGAUACAAAAUUGUGUUUAAUCAUCUCUCAAAAUUUUUCUACCUUUUUGCUACUUCCCUGCUAUAGGUGAAACAAAUUGAAGAUAAUGGAACCAAAUAACAAAAGCCAUCCCAACGAGUUUAUUCUACUAGGCUUUACUGACCGUCCUUGGCUAGAGCUUCCUGUAUUCAUUAUUCUGCUUAUAACAUAUCCCACGGCCAUGAUGGGAAACAUAGCCAUCAUUCUGGUGUCCAAGUUAGACCCCAGUCUGCACAGCCCCAUGUAUUUCUUCCUCACUAACCUCUCCUUUCUGGACAUGUGCUACACCACAAGCAUUGUCCCUCAGAUGCUCUUUAACCUGGGAACGUCUAAGAAGACUAUCAGCUAUAUGGGGUGUGCAGUUCAGCUUUAUUUCUUCCACAUAAUGGGGGGCACAGAAUGUCUGCUUUUGGCUGUUAUGUCUUUUGAUCGCUAUGUGGCCAUCUGCAAGCCUCUACACUAUACCCUCAUCAUGAAUCAGCGCGUCUGUAUCUUAUUAGUGGCCACCGUGUGGCUGAGUGGAAUGAUCUAUGCUGUCUCAGAGGCUACUGUCACAUUACAGUUACCACUGUGUGGUCAUGAUACCCUGGACCACUUGCUGUGUGAGAUUCCUGUUCUGAUAAAGACUGCCUGUGGUGAAAAGGGUGCUAAUGAACUCACACUCUCUGUGGUAUGCGCUUUUUUCCUAGCUGUGCCACUAUGCUUAAUUCUUGUUUCCUAUGCUUGUAUUGGACAUGCUGUAUUUAAGAUUAAAUCUUCAGAGGGAAGGAGAAAAGCUUUUGGGACAUGUUCUUCCCAUCUCAUUGUAGUUUUCUUAUUUUAUGGCCCAGGUAUCAGCAUGUACCUUCAGCCCCCCUCCUCCAUCUCAAGAGACCAGCCCAAGUUCAUGGCUCUCUUCUAUGGAGUGGUGACUCCUGCACUCAAUCCUUUCAUCUACACUCUGAGGAAUAAGGAUGUAAAGGGGGCACUGGGCAAUCUGAUAAGGAGCAUUUCCACUCCCAAGUGAUAGUUGGUAGACAUCAGAUGAAAUUAUUUACCCAUUUAGUAAGUAUAUAGAGGUUUCUUU